AUGGAAGAGGUCUGUUCCUUGAAACUCGUAAUCAUUCUUCUUUGUUUUCCUGCUUUGGCCUUAUGUGGAACUUGUCAGUACUCUAAAUACAAUCGUGUAUUCAGUUGCAGUGGCAUCAUUGGCCAAGAGGAAUUUCUUUACCAAUCAUUUAAACACCGCAAGAGCAUAGAACAAAUCUACGAAGUCAUCAUUACAAAUUCUGAAUAUAUUACAAUUGAACAGUUUCCCAAGUUUGGAAGUUUUUUUAGUCUUAAUGAUACUAAAAACUAUAAAUGUUAUACACUUACUAUACGCAACUCAUUUGUUCAACAUAUUAGUGAUGGAGCUUUUCGGGAAUGGAACGAAUUAAUCACAUUAGAUUUAAGUCAAAAUAAUUUAAACGAUUUUGAAUUUGUAAAAACUUUACCGGAGUCUAUAGGACUAUUAAUUUUAAGUCAAAAUAAAUUAAAGCAAAUAAAUUUAACUCAACUUCCUAAUAAUAAUAUGAGAUGUUUAAAUCUAAGUAAAAAUAAAAUUUCUUCUAUAUUACCAGCCAAAGAUAAAACUCAUAUAGAUGAGUUUGAUUUAAGUUAUAAUAAACUUACUGAUUUUAAUGAAACUAAAUUAAAAGUUUAUGUUGAUUUCUUAAAUCUUAAUUUUAAUUUGCUAGAAAGUAUUGAAAUUGCAGAUAGUACGUACUCUGUCGCAAUAGUGGGAAACAAUAUUACAAGUAUAAAUUCAAAUAACAAUUUCAUUGAAAAAUUUUACGCAAAUUUUAUACCGAGAAAUAUAAUAUAUUGUAAAAGUUUUAGUGUGACCAAUACGUAUUUAGGAUACUUAAACGAGGAAAGACAACUAAAUAUGGGAAUUUUAUCACCUUAUGAUAUUGACUUUUCAAGAACAAAUUUAUCAAAUAUUUCUAAAAAUUAUUUCAAAAAUAUGAAUAUUAAUAGACUAAACUUAAGUUAUAAUAGUCUUACUAUUUUAAAUGAAGUUUUGUUUUUUAAUACAGUGAUAUGGAAAUUAGAUUUGUCACAUUCUGGUAUAAAAAAUAUAACAAAGGACGUUUUUUUUGGAAAUAAAAACAAUGGUGAAUUUACUUUAAUUCUAUCAGGAAAUAAACUUGAAGAAGUUGUUGAUAUAUGUGAAACAAUUCCAACACUUGGUCAACUUGAUUUAUCUCUAAAUUAUAUUACAAAUAUAAAAUCUAAUUCAUUUAGAAAUUGUAAAAAAUUAACUGGUUUGGAUUUAAGUCAAAAUAAUAUAACCCAUAUUGGUCCCGAUGAUUUUAAAUACACGGAGAGUUUAAUAGGAUUAGAAUUGAAUAAAAAUAAAAUAUCAUUUAUUGACAGUGAGGCAUUUAAGAAUUUAAAUUCGCUGAGAAUACUGCAAUUAUCAAAUAAUUUAAUAGAAAAUAUAGAAGAAUAUACAUUUUCAAACUUAAAACUGUUUUUGCUAGAUUUAUCAAAUAACAGACUAAAACAUUUAAAAACUAAUACUUUUGUAAAUCUAGAUGUAUAUAAUCUAAACUUACAAGGAAACGAUAUAAAAUAUAUUAAAUCAAAAGCAUUUCACAAUGUGUAUAAUUUAGCUAUAUUAAAUCUUUCUAAUAUUGGAUUAACAAGUUUAGAAAAUGAUGUUUUCUAUGAUAUGAAUAACUUAAAAAUUAUAGAUUUGAGUAACAAUCAUUUAACUAUACUAGAUAAUAAUACUUUUAGAAAUAUACCCUUAGAACAAUUAGACUUAAGUUACAAUAAAUUAGAAGAGAUAACAACUACUUUUCAAAAUUUAACCAAUUUACUAAUUUUAAAAAUUUCUAACAAUCAGUUAGCUAUACUGGAUAAUAAUACAUUUAGAAAUUUACCCUUGGAACAGUUAGACUUAAGUUACAAUAAAUUAGAAGAGAUAAGAACAACUGCUUUUCAAAAUUUACCCAAUUUACGAAUUUUAAAUAUUUCUAACUGUAAUAUUAAUAAGUUAAAACCGUUGGCUUUUUUAUCUAUUAAAAAUUUGGAAUCGAUUGACUUGAGAAACAAUAAUUUAACAGGAAUUCAACCAAACGUAUUUAAAAAAAUAAAUGUGCAAAAUAUGUACUUGAACGGCUUAUCACAACCAGUUCAUUUAGACAAGACAGUUGUAAUUACAAAUUUAAUUUUGCAAUUUAAUGGAGUAUUCGAGAAAAGAACGAUUUCAAACAUUAAUUUAAAAAAUAUACAUUUAGUAAAUUCUCAAAUUGACUCCAUGAAAAAUCAUUGUCUGUUAGGAAAUUAUAAUUUAACACAAUUACUUAUUACUAAUUCAAAUAUUUCCUCAGUAGAACCAAGUGCACUCAAUGGUUUAUUUGAUAUAUUAAAUUUAGAUGCUUCAAUCAUUUUUAAAAAUAUUGAAAAGUUAGAAGCCAAUAUUUUUGAAGAUUUAAACAGUUUAAAAAUUCUGAAAAUAUCUGAUACUAAAGUAAAUAAAAUCAAUGUAGAAACAUUUUCUGGACUUUCCAGUUUGGAAGAAUUGUAUUUAGAUGGGAAUAACUUGAAUUAUAUUAAUACAAAUACUUUUGCCCAUUUCAAUUCGUCGCUUAUUGUUUUAGAUUUGUCAAGAAAUUCUAUAACUUUUUUGGAAGAGGAUUUAUUUAAAUUAUUUAAUUUGAGAAAAUUAUUUCUAAACAAUAACUUAUUGACAAGUCUCAGUUUUAAAACAUUUUCUUAUUCAACAAAUUUAGAAGAGUUAAGAUUAGACAGUAAUUCGUUAUCUCGCUUACCACCUGGAAUAUUUGAGGGACUGGAAAAUUUAAGAAGUCUCAAUAUUUCUGGUAAUGUUAAUUUAUUCCAAUAUCCUGAACAAAUUACCACUUUGUUAUCAUUAAAAAAUUUGCGAUUGCUUUAUUUGGGUGAUAAAUGA